AACAAAAUCAGAGAGUGGUUUAUGUCUGAUUGAACUCAUUUCAACCAAACAACUAACGCCGUUUCAUCUCCCACCCUCUCACAACAACAAACCAAAACCUCGUUCGUUGAUUCAUCAAAACCGCUCCUGUUACUGUUUUUCUCUCUGUAACCGUUUUCACCAAUUUUCAUUAUUGCUUCUUCUCGCUAGCUACUACUUCUACUCGUGCUGGUUUUUUCACGUUACAACAAAACAAAACCAUUCAUGUUCUUAUUCUUCUCUUGAUUCUGAUUCUAAUUCUCAGUUUCUGUCAAAAAAACAACAAGAUCUCGUUAUUAUUCUUGAUAUUCUCUUUUGUUGUUGUUGAAACAAAGAGGAUUUUAAUUGGUUCUUAGAACGUGUUUCUGUUUUUGUCUUUUUGAUUUUGUUGUUGACUUGGGUUGAUUAUGAUGUUGAAUCAUGGGUCAAAUGUUUCGGCUGAAGUGAGUGGCUGUUCAGAUGAAGAACUAUGGAAGACAAUUGCUGGACAAUUGGUGGAUGUUCCUUGUGUUGGUCAAAGGGUUUUCUAUUUUCCUCAAGGACACAUGGAACAAUUAGAGGCUUCGACGAAUCAGGAACUGAAUCAGAGGAGUCCUUUGUUGAAACUUCCUACAAAGAUCCUUUGUCGCAUCGUGAAUAUCCAUUUACUGGCUGAACAAGAAACCGAUGAAGUUUACGCGCAGAUAACUUUGGUGCCGGAAUCUAAUCAAGACGAGCCUACAAUCCCUGAUCCGUGUGCCGAUGAACCUCCGAGGCCGAAAAUUCACUCGUUCUGCAAGAUCUUAACCGCUUCGGAUACUAGCACCCACGGUGGCUUCUCUGUUCUGAGAAAACAUGCAACGGAAUGUCUUCCUCCUUUGGACAUGUCUCAACCAACACCAACUCAAGAAUUGGUUGCCAAGGAUCUUCAUGGUUAUGAAUGGCGUUUUAAGCAUAUAUUUAGAGGUCAGCCGCGCAGACACCUUCUCACAACUGGAUGGAGUACAUUUGUGACUUCGAAACGAUUAGUCGCCGGAGAUACCUUCGUGUUUUUGAGAGGGGAAAACGGGGAAUUACGCGUUGGAGUGAGGCGUCUUGCUCGUCAGUCAAGUAGUAUGCCAUCUUCCGUGAUUUCUAGCCAAAGCAUGCAUUUAGGAGUUCUUGCAACUGCCUCCCAUGCCGUUGCAACUCAGACUCUUUUCGUUGUAUAUUAUAAGCCGAGGACGAGCCAGUUCAUCGUAAGCGUGAACAAGUACUUGUCAGGCAUCAAUAAUAAGUUUGCCGUCGGCAUGCGGUUCAAGAUGAGGUUUGAGAGUGACGAUUCUGCCGAGUCCGACAAAAGAUUCUCUGGUACCAUAGUUGGAGUAGAAGAUAUCUCUCCCCAUUGGGCAAACUCAAAAUGGCGAUCGCUCAAGGUUCAAUGGGAUGAACCUGCGGCUAUUCCAAGACCCGAUAGGGUUUCACCAUGGGACAUAGAACCAUUUGUUUCUUCAGCUUCGACACCGACCGUUCAACCUACAGCUCCAAAGACGAAGCGGCCUCGACCAACCAAUGAAACUCCUGACGUUGACACAACAUCAGCCGCGUCUAUUUUCUGGGAUGCUAGGAUGGCACAAACUGAUAAGACACAUCGUAGCGUUUUAGCCGAAAGCAAAAAAGACGAUAAUAAUACUAGUAUGUGGCAUCAUAAGCAAACCGAUAUGAUGAAUACUAAAAAUAGCAACAACAACAACGCUUUAUUGAGGAAUCAUACAGAAGGAAGUUGGCUAUCGUCUCCACGUUCCACCUGUCCUUCUCAUUUGCAUCACGACACAACCGAUGAUAGCAAGACUCUCCCAACCUGGCCUGUUUCGCAGUCUCAAUCAUCUAUACCGAACGCUGAUCAUGUGCUUGAUCAAGUUGAUAAAGACAACAAAGUCGAGACAGCUACGGGUUGUCGAUUGUUUGGAGUAGAACUUAUUGAUCAUUCAAAAAACUCAGCUGCUGUAGGUAAAACAUCUUCACAUGCAGUAAAUGUAACCGGAGCAACCGUGGAAGUUAGUUCCAGCACCAUGUCCAGCACCGAUACCGGCCGUAAGUCCGACAUCUCAAAGGCUUAUACGGAGCAGAAGCAAGAAUCGCAACAAGUAUCGGCGAAGGAGACUCAGAGCAAGCAAAUUUGUAGUAGAAGUCGCACCAAGGUUCAAAUGCAGGGUGUUGCAGUUGGUCGAGCGGUGGAUUUAGCAAUGUUGAACGGGUAUGAUCAACUUAUCAGCGAAUUAGAAGAGUUGUUCGACAUAAAGGGACAGCUUCAACAUAGAAACAAGUGGGAAAUCGUCUUCACCGAUGACGAAGGAGACAUGAUGCUUGUCGGAGACGAUCCAUGGCCUGAAUUCUGUAACAUGGUAAAAAGAAUCUUCAUUUGUUCAAGCCAAGAUGUGAAGAAGAUGAAAUCCGGAAGCAAAUUACCAGUCUCUUCUUCGAUCGAAGAAGGGACCGUAAUAAGCUCAGACACAACCGAACGAUGAAAUAUCGACAUUAUUUUCUCGUCCUUUUCACCUUUUUCUUUGUUUCUCAGCACCAAACCGUUGAUGUUAUUGUUGAAGUUAGUUUCAUUUUUUAGCUAGGUAAGUUUUUCAUGUUGUUAUUAUUUAGAUGUGAAACACUAGCUAAUUUUACAACUUAAUUUGUAGAAAAAACACAAGGCAUUAAUCAUGGUAGGAAAAAAAAACCAAAAUAGUUUUUUUUUUUUUUUUUUACUUUUAAUAAAUUUGUUGAUAUGGAAAUUUUUGAGUUAGCAUUGAAUUGAAUAUUCUCAUGGGUUGGAAGAAUAUUUAUGUUGUUGGUUGUUGAUUUAUCAAGACUUUCCUUUUUUAAGCUAAAAAGCACAUGGUGUUUAUUUUUGUGAAAUUCUAAUUUGGUUGAGUCAAUGUCUACUGAUGUCAAUAGUGACAGCUAAUAAUGACAUUAAAUUGUAGCAACUUUAUUGCUUAGGAUUUAGUGGUCCAAUGUUGUAGUGAUGGAGUGAUUCUAUAGGACAAAUGUGGGUUAAAUGUGGCAGAGUGGUGGCACCACUCAGAAAUCACUUUUGGGUCCAUGCUUUUAAUUGUAGUGAAAUUUCACUUUAGUAGUUGAGAGUAUCAGAAAUUGUUAUGUAUGAAUACUUCAUCCAUUGUAAGAAAAAAAAUAGGCUUUGUUUGGCAAUACCACUUUUUUUUUGAUAGUAUGGAGGGCCUAAGCCCAAAAGAAAACACAACUACACAUAAUCAAAGAAAAAAACUACCAAUUCCUAACGAGUCUGCUGCCAUUAGAGGGCGGAGCAGCUCCGGAACUAUAUGGUGAAUAGAAUCACUUUUCUCUAAACAAGCUUUGUUAGCUAGCGCGCCCGCACACAUAUUAGUAGAUCUAUGAGCAUAUGAAAUAAUCACCACCUCAUGCAUUGUAACUAGAUCUUGGAUCUGACGUAAAAGCGGGAUGCAAUCUAAAUCGCCAGUGGCCCAUUCCUCUAUUGCUUGCACCACUAUUUUGGAGUCACUAUUAAUUUCCACCUUGCUGAGGCCCAAGGAUAACGUGAGUCGCAAACCUUCAGCUACUCCCCAAAAUUCAGCCUGAAGAGCCGAACAGACCCCCAAAUAUUUUGAAAAACUCCCCCUCCAAUCCCCAUUAUGAUCUCUAAUAAUCCCACUGCA